UAUCAUCUAUUGCUGUCAUCAGGUGAUCGGGAUUGUGAGCUAAAAAUCCUGAAUUUGGGAUAAAACGCAAAUAAAUCUUAACUAAAAAUGUCAGGAAAAGAUAGAUUAGCGAUUUUCCCUUCUCGGGGUGCUCAGAUGUUGAUGAAAGCUCGUUUGGCUGGAGCACAAAAAGGCCAUGGACUCUUGAAGAAGAAGGCUGAUGCCUUACAAGUCAGGUUUCGUAUGAUCCUGAGCAAAAUUAUUGAGACAAAAACCCUUAUGGGUGAAGUGAUGAAAGAAGCUGCGUUUUCACUGGCCGAAGCUAAGUUUACGACUGGUGACUUCAAUCAAGUGGUGCUACAGAAUGUCACCAAGGCUCAGAUCAAGAUCCGCUCCAAAAAGGACAAUGUUGCUGGUGUGACACUCCCAAUCUUCGAGUCGUACCAGGAUGGCUCAGACACAUACGAACUGGCCGGAUUGGCCCGUGGUGGUCAACAACUGGCCAAGCUGAAGAAGAACUUCCAGAGUGCUGUCAAACUGCUAGUAGAGCUGGCUUCUUUGCAGACCUCAUUCGUGACCCUGGAUGAGGUCAUCAAGAUCACCAACAGGCGUGUGAAUGCUAUUGAGCACGUGAUCAUCCCACGACUGGAGCGCACCCUAGCGUACAUCAUCUCCGAGCUUGACGAGCUGGAGCGUGAGGAGUUCUACCGGCUGAAGAAGAUCCAGGACAAGAAGAAGAUCAUCAAGGAUAAGGCAGAAGCUAAAAAAGCCGCCCUCCGGCUGGCUGAGAGUGACGUGCGCGGUAUAGCCAACCUCCUCGAUGAGGGUGACGAGGACCUGCUGUUCUAGGCCGCUCGUGCGGUGUCGUGAGAAAAGCCGCACUGAAGGCCGCCGGAAUCGACCAAAGCGACUCUUCCAAUCUUCUCGAUGACACCGAGAACGACAUCCUGUUCUAGACCCCAUAUAGUUCACAAAUAUUCUUUAGUAGACGUGCAGUCAAGUUCCUUCAUAACACGCGAUGUAGGUCAAGUGUGAAAAAAUCGUCGUAACAACGUAUGUGAACGAGUACGUUGGCAACUGCACUGUAAGGUCAAUGUAGAGUUUUAAGGAUAUUAAAGGAUAUUAUGCCUCUAAUGUAUUAAAUUGUUAUCAACGAAUGUUGCAGUUGAGUGUGACAGACUUUUCUUGAGUGUUUAACCCCCAAUAUUUUCGGUCUCGAAAAAUGGCUUAAUGAAUUUGAGAUCCAAUUAGUUUACUUAACCACUUGACUGCACGAACGUAGGUAUACAGUGUUCAGUAACGUUGUAAAUACUGUAUUGUUGUCAAUGUUAAAGUGUUAAAUCGCGCUUGGAUAUUUAACUUUUCUCUGUAUAACGUUUGAAGUGCAAUGGUAUUAUUAACUAAGUAUUUUCAAUGGACGAUGUCCUCGCUUAGGUAUGAAAGCAUUCCAUCAUAUUUCGUUCUUCAAUAGGCGGUAAUAGAUGAAUUCAUAGCGCUUUAUGAUGCAUAAGUUCUGAAUAAGUACACCCAAAAUGUUAUAGUUUUUUUGAAAUGUUGUUUGGUAUAUAACUAUAUAUUUUAAGUAAGCAAUCAUGUAAAUACAAGUUUGUGAAGCGAAAUAUUAAAAAUAUUAUUAUAACUAUUGAA